AUGUACAUCGACAAACCGCCUUGGCUGGAGCACUCGGACCAAACCUUCUCCCUCGACAUCGACGCGUCCGGCGCGCGCCUCGUCACCAGCAGCACCGGCGCCGUGCGCGUCUGGAGCCUGGCCCCGAUCCUCGAUGAGCCCUCCGAGCUCGACGCCUCGAAGCCGCGCCUGCUGGCCACGCUGCAGGACCACAGCGCCCCCGUCAACGUCGCGCGCUUCAGCCGCGCCGGCGGCCGCCUCGCCACCGGCUCGGACGACACCUGCGUCGUCGUCAGCGAGCUCCGCCCCGGCGCCGCCGCCGCGGCCGCGGCGUUCGGCGGCGGCGCGGGCGCGCAGCGCGGCGUCGAGGCGUGGCGGCCGGUGCAGGUGCUGCGGGGGCACAGCAGCAUCGUCGCCGACCUGGCGUGGUCGCACGACGACCAGCUCCUCGCGACCGCGAGCAUCGACUCCCUCGUCGGAAUCUGGGCGGUCGGGGAGCGGCCGUACCGUCUCGUCACCUUCAUCAAGGGCCACGCCGGCCACGUGAAGGGCGUGGCGUGGGACCCCCUGGGGCGCUACCUCGCGUCCCAGGGCGACGACGGCGUGCGCGUGUGGGCGUGCGACGGGUGGGGGCAGGUGGCGCACCUGUCGGCGGAGUUCAAAUUCGCGUCCAAGCAGAUGUUCAACCUGAGGCUGGCCUGGAGCCCGGACGGCCAGUGGCUCGCAGCCCCCAACGCGUUUGACAGGCGCACGCAGCGCAACCACUGCCGCGUGUACAAGCGCGACCAAUGGGACGAGUUCUUCUGCUUUGUCGGCCACAACGCCCCCGUCGUGGCCGUGCGCCCCAACCCCCGGCUGUUUUACACGCCUGUCGCCCCGAGUGCCGGCGCCACCGGCGACGGCGGCGGCCCGGAGACAAUCGUCGCGCGCGGCGUUGGGCAAAAGGGCGGCGGCGGCCCGGGCGGGAGCGGCGCGGGCGGGGUUGAGGUGUCUGAGGAGCCCAGCACCGUCUUUGCGCUGGCCAGCAUGGACAAGCAGUUUUCUGUUUGGUCCUCCGGCCGGCCGCGCGCGGUGGUGCUGGGCAGCCGCGUGUCAAAGCUCGGCAUCCUGGACGCGGCGUGGACGCCUGACGGGUAUAACCUCGUGGUUCUGUCGCUGGAUGGCGCGGUCGUGACUUGCAGGUGCGUGUGA